AUGACAAAGCGUGAUGUGUUUGGGGACGGCCAGGAGUUCGUUCUAACCAAUUGUGGGACCGAUCGAGAAACCUCUAAAAAGGAAAUGGGAGCAACAAGAAAAGUAGUGGUACUGAUGCUUUUGAUGCUUUGCUGUAUGUCCUUCAGUAUUUGCUCCUCCAUCAGGUACGGAUUCCUAACAGACGCCUUCACAAGAAGGGGUGUCCCAGGGUCAGUAUACGGGCCCAUGGAGACCAGCUGCUUCCUGGGUUUCAUUCUCAUGUACUGCUCAGGAAUUACUGAAGCCAUCAUGAGGAGAACCAACAACAGGAACAUUUUUAUGAUUUUCUUGGUGCCCUUGGCCCUGAGUUCGCUCGCAACUGGAUUUGUUUAUUAUAUUCCUAACACCACUGUGAUGAUCUCAGUUUCCUUUUGCUUGAGGAUCUGCCAAGGUGCUCUUUUCUAUUCCAACUCCAUAUACCCCGUGGAUUUCGCUCAUGCCCAUUUUGAAGAUAUAUUCGAUUUUGUGAAUGGUCUGACAAUGAUUGGCAACUUCGGGGGUCAUGGAAUCGCGGAGUGCAUUGGAUGUAUCAUUUAUGAAAACUACGGCUACCUAGCCCCAUUCAUAUUGUCAUCCGUCAUAACUCUCGUAGUUUGUUCAGUUGCUUUCUUUGUCAUCCCCAAGUCGAAGGCUUAUCUGGCAACUCAAGAGGAGACUCCAGACCAGCAUACCGGAACAUUCUAUCCUUCUGAAGCUAAGUCUAACCGCUCACGACUAUCCAAACUGCUCGCUAUCCCGAUGAUAGCGACUAUGCUUAUCAAUGUCAACUACGGAGUUUUUCAGGUAGCUGUGACUCCAUUCCUUCACGAGAACUUCAACAAGUCCUUAUCAUACGGAGGCACAGUACUAAUAAUGUUAUGUGUUGGAAUGGUUAUCGGUAGUCUCGCAGCUGGGGUGCUACUCCAGAAGAAGAUCCUAAACCACUACACUAUUAUGUUGUGUGGAGCCCUGCUUAUCGGUGCUGGACUUAUGCUUGCGUUCCCUCCUGAGUUUUUAACAUCUGUUUAUAACUUAGCCCCGAUUUUAGCAUUUCCAGGGGUGCUUUUGGCGGGAAUUGGCGAUCCGCUUAUGACAAUCGCUACUCUUCGAGCUCUCUACAAUCUGCAGGAAGCGAGAAUCGGCAAGAUGUCCCCAGAAGUAGUGACGAGAAUAACGCAUUGUGGCUGGUGGGGUAUGAGGCUAGUUACUACAAUGGACCCUUCCUCGCAGGAGUACUUAAUGACCAUUUUACAUACACACAUUCAGCUGUAAUGCUUGCGGGACUGUCUAUUCUGUCAGCACUAAUAGCUAUUGGGAUGCGGGUCAUUACCUUUGACAAGGAAUCUGAUGACCCUGAAAAGACACUUUUGAUAUCAGCAGAAUACUAGACCAAGUCUAACGUUGCAUGAACGUGUUGGUCGAAUUAAUGACUGAGUGCAGGUCUCCCAAUCAUUAAUUAUUAAUCGUAUAGUUGUAAUGUUUGUCGUAAUAUAAGGGAUCCCUACAAAAAGUGCAAAUAAGACUGGUGUCAAAUGUUGAUGUGAACUCUGGUGGGGAUAUUUAGUGAAAGUGAUUCAGGGGUUUGAUUUAAAUAGUCGAAGCUGAUUGGUCAAUUUCUGAUUUGAUACAUCAUGAUCCAAUUUAUUGUUAUUGGAAAGUUUAGUCUGCCGCUCAGCUGUGUUAUUUUCGUGUCAUUUUUUUUGUAUCAUUAUUUUUGUAUUAUGAUUUAGUAUCUAAAAUUUUUACCAAAACCCC